AUGUGGUCCUGGGUGAGCUUGGGGCCGGCACCCCCUGCUCCCCAGAAGCUCCUUGAAGAUACCUGCCUGCUGGGCAGCUUCCGGCCUCAGCUUCCAGAAGAGGCCCCGCCCCGCUCAGCCCCUCCUCUUCAUUCUGGGCCCGAUGGAGGCCCCGCCCAGGUCUCCUCUAACCAGACUUUUGGUCUGAGCAAGCUAAGACGGGGGGGAAACCAGUCUCGGGUCCCCGCCAGCUCCCACCUGCGGGCCUCAGGCCGGGCGCCCCCUUGCUUUCAGGGGAGGAGUCAGCAGGGCGUGAAGAGGAGGGAAGGCUGGCCUCUGACCUGGACUUUGAAGGACAGUAGGAUUUGCCAUGAGGGCAGAGAAACCCCACGUGGCGUGAGGCCUGCCCGGAGACCGGCCGCCCCUUACCCGCCUGGGCCACAGACUUUUCGGCUCUCCCAUCUCACGGACAAGCAGACGUUAGAGAGGAUUGAGCCGUGGCCACCAUCCAUGGGCAGACUAGCUGACUUUUUAGAGCUUGUUUCUUUUGAACAUCGGAGGAUCCCUGCUUUGCCCGGCGUUCUGGGUGAGAUCAGCCGGGAGCUGGAGUUGGAGGUGCCGACAGACUCUGCUACGUGCUCUCUGAACGCUGCAGCCAUAAGAACGAAGGUCACACACUUGCCUCAUAGCGACGGAGAUAAUUCAGAGACCGAAGACUGAGCAGGGGAAUCCAACUUUCCGUUGGUCUUUUGGGAGGGCGCACUGUCCAGCGAGAGGUUCGACGCCUCUCACCUCCAGGGAUGUCGGCGUGUGGCGUUUCUUAAAGCCGGAGAACUUACAAACUCAGAGCUGGCCGGUGCCUUGUCCUUCCUCUGGGUUCACCCUUACUGAGCACUUAGCAACUUAGGGAAGGCGGGUCACGGAGGGGACGGUCGUAAGUCUCUGACUGUCCACCUGUGUGUUUAGAAGCGUUUUGCCCCUUCUCUCCGGAGUGAUCCCGGGGGGUAAUCUAUUUAAUAGAUGUCUGGGCAAGUGUCUCAAUCAUAAUGAGCCUCAUCAUAAUUGCGACACUUCGGGGCGCCCGGGAGGCUCAGCCGGUUAAGCGUCCAACUCUUGGUUUCGGCUCAGGUCAUGAUCUCGGGUUUCGUGGGUUCGAGCCCCACGUCAGGCUCUGCACUGGAGGCAUGGAUAUUGCUUGGGAUUCUCUCUCUCUCUCUCUCUCUGCCCCUCCCCUGCUCACACUGUCUCUCUCUCAAAAUAAAUAUACUUGAAAAAAUUUAGUAAUUGCGCCACUUAAAGUUGCCUCAUCUUUCAGUAGGGAUAGUAGUGUUUAUGUCACAUGAUUGAGGAAAUAAAUGUCUGGCACUUAGUAAACGCUCAGGAAAUAGUAACUCUUAUGUGGGGGGGGGAUGUGGGAGUAAGCGGUAAGCGUAGUGUGAGGUGAGCGUGAGGUAUGUCAGGAGCAUAGGAAGCAGGGAUCCAAGGCAGAGGGGUGGGGAGGUGGGGAGGAGGCGUCACAGGCUAAGUGCUGGAGUACAACUCAGAGUCUGCUCCCCAGAAAGACAGCUGGAAGGGUGUUUCAGGCAGGGGGAACCACGCGAUGGUGCCACUUAGAGCCACUUACAGCUUCUAUCAGAGCAUCAGGCGGAUGUUAAUUUAUGUCUGUUCCCCUCUCCAGUUUGGGGAUGAAAUUUCUCAUGCUCUAUUUUGAAGCUGCUUUAUUGUUGCCGGUCCCUCAGGGGAACAAAUGCUCUUUGAGCAGGCUCUGGUUCGCUCACUGUCCCAGCUCAAGUGGUACCUGGUGCGUCUCAGGCAUUUACAGACAUUGAAUGAACGAACGAAUGAACGAACGAACGGACUUCUCUCCCUCGGCUCCCAAGGACUCAGACUGCCUCUCUUCUCUUCCUCUUUGCCACUCCUUCUGCCCCACGCUCUGCCUCACCUGCCCCACUGCACGGCCCCCGAGGCCACGGUCAUCGAGCACAGAAGGCCCCAGUCACAGGCACUGGUGCAGGACGGCACUGGGUCAGCUGCACAACGGCCACAGGAAGAGGAGCCAGAAGCGGAAGGAAGGGUAACCGGUGGUACCACUGAGCCUCAGUGGCAUCUAUGGGGCAGGCUGGCCUUGCAGGGGUGGACCGUGGUGCCGCAGAUCAGGGCUCCCUCGCCCCGGGAGGUGCUGGGAGGGCACUGACAAAGCCCGCCUCCUCCC